AUCUCUUUGUCGUCCUUUUCCGGUUGCUGCUCCAAGUGGACGGUGGGGGUAACCAAAGGGAGGCUACGCAAUGUCGUCAAAAGUGUCAAGAGACACUCUCUAUGAGUGUGUAAAUGCUGUCCUGGAUGGAGCCCAGAAGAAGAAGAGGAAGUUCCGCGAGACGGUGGAGCUCCAGAUCGGCCUGAAGAACUAUGACCCCCAGAAGGACAAGCGUUUCUCAGGAACUGUCAAGCUGCGCAACAUGCCUCGUCCGGCCAUGAAGGUGUGCAUCCUGGGCGACCAGCUGCAUUGUGAUGAGGCCCAGGCCAACAACUUGCCAUUCAUGGAUGUGGAGGCCUUGAAGAAGCUGAACAAGAACAAGAAGCUUGUUAAGAAGCUAGCCAAGAAGUAUGAUGCUUUCCUGGCUUCUGAGUCCAUCAUCAAGCAGAUCCCCAGGAUCCUCGGACCUGGCCUGAACAAGGCUGGCAAGUUCCCGGGUCUGCUGACCCACGGCGAGAGCAUGACCGGCAAGGUCGAUGAGAUCAAGAGCACCAUCAAGUUCCAGAUGAAGAAGGUGCUGUGCUUGUCAGUCGUGCUGGGCCACGUGGAGAUGACACCCGACGAGCUGGUCAUCAACACCCAUAUGGCCGUCAACUUCCUGGUGUCGCUGCUGAAGAAGCACUGGCAGAACGUGCGCUCGCUGCACGUCAAGUCCACCAUGGGACCGCCCCAGCGGCUGUAUUAGGCCCACUUGUGAUGUUGCCAAUACACGGUCAGAAGUAACG